CAAGUGUUAAACGUUACGUUUAAAGCUGGGCAUCGCAAUCGCAUUCGCAUUCGCAUAUGCAGCAAACAACAAUGGAAGAUUCGAAACAACAACCGCAGCAACGAAAGAAGAACUACCGUAAGAGAAGCGCUCCUUCAGACGAAGAUCAACUUCCUCAAUCUCAAAGCAACAAUGAAUCCGACGACGAACGGGAAAGAAGAAUGGCAUUGGAGGAAAUCAAGCUCCUCCAGAAGCAGAGGGAAAGGAAAUCCGGAAUUCUGGCAAACCCUACUUUGCAAGCGCAGACCGCAACCGCCGCCGGUUUAGCUGCUAAACCCCCCGACAAGAACGACGGCGACGGCGCCGACAAGGACGAGCUCGUUCUUCAAGACACCUUUGCUCAAGAGACCGCUGUUAUGGUUGAAGACCCCAAUAUGUGUGUGUGGAUAAUGUAUUAUUAUUUUGUGUUUCUCGUAUGGUUUUUGAAUUUGGAUGUGGUUCUUGGUGCAAAUUGUUUCUUGAACAGGGUCAAAUAUAUUGAGCUUGAGUUAGCUAAGAAGAGGGGAAGGAAAAUUGAUGCGGCAGAUCAAGUGGAGAAUGAGCUGAAACGUGCUGAAGAUGAAUUGUAUAAGAUUCCUGAGCAUCUUAAAGUAAAAAGACGAAAUUCGGAAGAAAGCUCUACUCAGUGGACUACUGGUAUUGCUGAGGUCCAGCUUCCAAUUGAAUAUAAAUUGAAAAAUAUUGAAGAAACAGAGGCUGCAAAAAAGCUUCUACAGGAGAAGAGGCUUAUGGGUCGUACAAAGUCAGAUUUCAACAUUCCCGCAAGUUAUAGUGCUGAUUAUUUCCAGCGUGGCAGGGAUUAUGCUGAAAAACUUAGGAGAGAACAUCCAGAGCUUUACAAAGAUAGAAGUCUACAGGAUGAUAGUUCUGGAUCGAAACAAAAUGAUUCCAGCAGUGAUGCACCUGGAGCAGUACAGAGGCAGGCUGCAACUGAUGAAUUCAUGUUAGAGCGCUUCAGGAAACGAGAACGGCAUCGUGUCAUGCGAAGAUGACAUGAAUGCUAUAUUGGUGGCAUACUUUACAACAGUACAUCAAGGAUUGCUGGAAUUCCAGCUUCUGUCAAAUGGAUUCCAUUGAUUUACAUCAGCUCCUUGUUCGAACUUUAGCAGAAGAUCAUAGGGCUGCUUGAGCAUUAAUAUUUGUCGGUUCCCUUUUUAAGAACAAAAUUAUAUUAUUUUAGUCACUGCCGGCAUCCUCUGACUAUUCAGUGGCCUGUGUUGAGAGGCAGCAAAAGAAUUGUGAUAUUCAGCAUAUCUUUGAUUGAUCAUCAAUAACUUGCUGUUCGCCUCUUAAGAUACUAGAUAUGGUAUGAACAGUUUUGGCAAUGGCUAUAAUGGUGAUGGUGCUACCUGGUGUCUUGUAAGCCGAUCUUGAUGUAUUAUAAUUACAUUUAUAAUAUUUAAUUUUUCCAUUGAAAAG